GUGACAAAUACUUGCAUGAUGCCUUGAACUCCAGAUCUCACGUCAAAUCCGUGCACUGCACUUCUUCCAUUGACCGCCAUCUUCGAAACAGAUCUGGACGUUCGCAUUCCCGUACAUCCUGUUUUUUCUAUUCUAUCAACAACCGUUAGCUCUCGAUUGGCCGAACACCGACUAAAUAUCCAAGAUGAUGACCCCGUUGGAUGGAGAAAACCAAAAGAAACGCGUCUGCUAUUUCUUCGAUUCUGACAUCGGAGGAUUCCAUUAUGGCCCAGGGCAUCCGAUGAAACCAACGAGAAUACGAAUGUGUCAUUCACUUGUCAUGAAUUACGGGCUGUAUAAGAAAAUGGAGAUUUUCCGCGCCAAACCCGCUACAAAACGUGAAAUGACCCAGUUUCACUCAGACGAAUACGUCGAUUUUCUCAAUCGAAUAACUCCCAGCAAUAUGAACUCGUUCAUAAAAGAGCAGCAUAAAUACAACGUUGGGGAAGACUGUCCAGUUUUUGAUGGGUUGUUUGAAUACUGCUCAAUAUCAGCAGGAGGUUCCAUGGAGGGUGCUGCCCGGCUUAGCCGAGACAAGUGCGAUAUUGCUGUGAAUUGGGCUGGGGGGCUACACCAUGCCAAGAAGAGUGAGGCGAGCGGGUUCUGUUAUGUGAACGAUAUCGUGCUGGGUAUAUUGGAACUAUUGAGAUACCACAAUCGAGUGUUAUAUAUCGAUAUUGAUGCACAUCAUGGCGACGGUGUGGAAGAAGCGUUCUACACUACCGACCGUGUCAUGACUUGCAGUUUCCACAAAUAUGGCGAAUUCUUUCCCGGAACAGGUGAACUAAGGGAUGUUGGUGUUAUGAAGGGCAAAUAUUAUGCCCUCAAUUUUCCUCUCCGGGACGGGGUUUCCGAUGAGAAUUAUAAGUCAGUCUUCGAACCUGUUAUAAGACAGGUUAUGGAGUCAUACAAUCCUUCGGCAAUAGUGCUGCAAUGUGGUACUGACUCCCUUGCAGGAGACAAACUUGGAUGCCUCAAUCUCUCUAUGCGAGGUCAUGCCAACUGUGUAAGAUUUGUGAAGUCAUUCAACAAACCUCUACUGCUCUUGGGGGGAGGAGGAUACACCAUGCGCAACGUGAGCCGUGCAUGGGCUUACGAAACAGGACUGGCAGCGGGUGUUGAACUGGGACCAGAUAUACCUGUUAAUGAGUACUACGAAUAUUUUGGACCAGACUAUCAACUCGAUGUUAAGGCAUCGAAUGCGGAUGAUCUCAACACUCGUGCAUACCUGGAACGUGUCAAACGGAUAGUCAUGGAGAACCUCAGACAUACAGGCGGGCCACCAAGUGUCCAAAUGCAAGAUAUCCCGAUGUUACCAAUAGAUGCCGAGAUGGAUGACCUGAACCAAGAUGACGAUUUGAUUCCGAAGGAUAUGCGCCGGCCUCAGAGACUGUUAGAUGUCCGGCGGCAAGCUGACGGUGAACUAUCGGACUCUGACGACGAAGGAGAGGGCGGCCGAAGGAAUCAUGCUAGCCACAGGGAGCGCAGAAGUAGAUCAAGAGAACGGAGUAGUUCGAUGGGGAGGAAGUUCGGAAUGCCGAGCGUAGGAAUAUUAGCCGCGGGUCCGACCGCUGCACAUGCUGGUCCGAGCGGACAGACCACUAUCGCCAGGUUUUUGGCGAACAGUUCGACGAAAAUGGAGGUUGAUACACCUACAUCGGACGCAACCUCAAGUGGGGACAACGAAAAUGGGGGUAAUUCAACGAUUCCAAUCGAGCAGGUGCCCGACGAUGCUAUGGUGGUUGUUAAAGAAGGGUGAUUUUCUUGUAUGUUCAUGGACGUGUGUUAGUGUAUGUAUCUUGUAAGCUACUAAUUUUCAAGCCGUACGGACCCUGCUCCCAUUGAGUCUACGAAAUCCACCAAGUCAAUAGAGAAAACGCGCCAGGCGUGACUUGUAAUAAUUACUCAUCCAAAUUCAAAUUGGGCAGGUAAUCCACAAUUGGCCUAGCCUUAAUCAUCUCGACCAGCUUUGCCCUCUCCCACCAUGGCCGACGUCAACAGACCAGUGACUCCUCCACCGAAGACCAUGCCAACACCA